GUGGAAAUGGGCAUGAAGAACCAUGAAAUAGUUCCUGCUAGCUUAAUUGCUUCCAUUGCCAGCCUUAAACAUGGUGGCUGUAAUAAAAUUUUGAGAGAGUUGGUGAAGCACAAACUUCUAGCUUAUGAACGAACUAAAACUGUCCAGGGUUAUCGGUUAACUAAUGCAGGAUAUGAUUACCUUGCUUUGAAAACUUUGUCUUCGCAACAAGUCAUAUACUCUGUUGGAAACCAGAUGGGUGUUGGCAAAGAAUCAGAUAUUUAUAUUGUUGCAAAUGAAGAGGAGCAACGGUUUGCAUUGAAAUUACAUAGGCUUGGAAGAACUUCCUUUCGCAGUCUGAAAAAUAAACGCGACUACCACAAGCACAGACACAAAAUGUCAUGGCUGUAUUUAUCCCGGCUAGCAGCAAUGAAGGAGUUUGCCUAUAUGAAGGCUUUGCAUGACAGACAAUUUCCUGUUCCAAAACCUGUAGACUACAACAGGCAUGCAGUUGUUAUGGAACUUAUUGAUGGCUAUCCUUUGUGCCAGGUGCACCAAAUGGAAGAUCCUGCCUCUGUCUACAGUGAAUUAAUGGAUCUAAUUGUAAAACUUGCCAGUCAUGGUUUGAUUCAUGGUGAUUUCAAUGAAUUUAAUCUUAUAUUAGAUAAUGAUGACCAUAUCACUAUGAUUGAUUUCCCUCAGAUGAUCUCAACAUCACAUGCAAAUGCUGAAUGGUAUUUUGACAGGGAUGUUAACUGUAUUAAGGAGUUCUUUAAGAAACGCUUCAACUAUGAGAGUGAGCUCUUCCCAGCAUUCAAAGACAUCAGGAGACAGUGUUCUCUUGAUAGAGAGAUUGCUGCCAGCGGCUGUACAAAAGAAAUCCUGGAAGAUGGUGAACUGCUUUACCCACCAGGUUCUGAUGAGGAUGAUAAUACAACAGAGGUAUCAGAAUUUGUAGAAGAUGCUGAGAAUAAGCUCAACUUCUUCAGCAAAGAUAAAGAAAACAAUGCAGGCUUCAUUUAUGAAGUGGGUGAUUUCUCUGAAAGCAGAACCUCCAGCAACUUUAUGUGUAGCAAUGAAGAGGCUGAUACAACUGGAAGUAGUGAAAAUACACAAAGGUUGAAUAUGUCAAAGUUGAGUUCAGCCUUAGAAAAAGUUGAAGAGCAAGCUAUGCUGUGGAAGUCCAGUGAAGAUGCAGAGAGUUCUGCAGUUGCUUUUUUUAAGGGCAAAAGCGUAACUGAAAAUGCUGCUGAAGUCAAAAAUCGGGCAGGUCAAGGAGGGUGCUGUAAUGAUAAGAAUGAAGACAAAUGCCCUGAUCUGAUUGACUUGUCAACUUUAAAUGAGAAAUUCAGGCAUUACAGAAAUGAAGAGAGUAUCGUUCAUAUUGCUGAGCCCAGAACAAGGACUGUAAGUAUCACAUCAGUCAGAAGUUUUGGAAGCUGUUCAACCUUUCCGGCGGAACUGGUGAAACAGAAGAUAAAACGUCAACUGACCAAACGUCAAAAGUCUGCUCUGAGGCAACGGCUGCAAAAAGGAGAGGCAAAUAUUUAUACCAAACAACGUCGAGAAAAUAUGCACAACAUUAAGUCAAGCUUGGAUGCAGCUAGUUUCUGGGGAUAA